GUAAGUGGCAGCCAUCUCCUGGGGUUUGUCUGUGGACUGCCCUGUCACCUCUAUCGCGACAUAUCGUGACCCUUUCCCCUCUCUGACUUGAUCGUUCCUUGCGGUCGACACUUAUCCUCAGAGCAAUCUCUGGCAGGCGCGCGCGUAUCGCAAUCACACCCUCUCAGCAAUGUCGACGCCAGUAACCCAUCCCAGCAUGGAUAAAACACAUCUUCCCUUCAAGAUCCGCGUGCUCGACGUGGCGCCGGGACCCGCUCCUGUUCGCGAUUCUGUCCGCGCUCUCCUGCCAGCUGCGCGCCGUACACGUGGCGACGAGAUUGUCGUGGCCCAGCCCGACUUUGACUUCCUCGAGCAGGAGCUGCUGGUCCGCAAGCUCAACGCAGUGCAGGACUGGCUCUGGGCAUGUGGCCGCCCGAUGCCGCCGCGGGCCUUGCACCACCAGCUCGUCAUCCAGCGUGACAUCGUCGUCACCGAGAACCCAGAGCUGCAUCUACUCUGGGGCAAUGGCCGGCUCUACGUCAAACCUCUCCCUCGCUACUUGCUCGACCCAACCUUCUGGGCUGAGCAUCUGGUGUGCGACGAGAGCCCCCGCCGGAGGGAACUGGCCGAAUGCGCCAGGGGCUUUCUCUUCUCCUACUGCGCCCUGAUCGCCUACGAGACCGACUUCCACAUCGCCCAGGCGAAUCAUCUCAUCCCAGCUGCCCUCACUUGGGAGGCAUGGCAAGAUGUCUCGUCAGAAAUCAUCCGCAACCACUGCUUCUCUGCGAUCAAUCCGCGCUACUGGUACGGUGAGCUUCGCCUAGGCCGGCUCAACAAAAUCUACCAGUUCCGCCUGGGCUACAUAUUCCGCGGAUAUACCAGCGUGGCUGGCUACAAGGUUUACGGCGACCUCCUGCGCGACAACUUUGCCGGCUUGGCGACGAUACUGGGUUAUGUGGUGAUUGUGCUCACGUCGAUGCAAGUGGGCCUGGGCACAGAGAAGCUCGCAGCCGACGAGACGUUCCAGGCCGUCAGCUGGGGGUUCACCAUCUUCUCAAUGAUAGCGCCAUUGAUAGCUGUCGCUGCCAUUCUGGUCUUCGCAUUCUUCUGGAUCAUGAGCAACUGGCUGGCGACCACAAGCUACGAGGGUAGGAGGUUCCGUGAGAUGGGCGUACGGCCGUUUUGGAGGAUGCAACAACGCAAAGCCAAAACAACGGCAAGCUCGACGAGCGCAAAGCCAUUCAUAGACGACGGCGCCUCCGAAGAAGGGCAAGAGGCAAUGUGACGAAUUUGUCUGAUUAGCGAUGGAAGUUCAAAAGAUCAAACAUAAGAUUCAACCA